UGUCAAAAAUCUGUCACCUGUGAGCUCCCAUAAGUGUCGACCACCUAAAGUGACUGAAAAACAUUUAAAAAAACGUAGCCCCCACCUCCGUGGGACUCGCAGCAUCCCCGAUAAGUCCACAGAAUGAUGUGUGUACUUGAAAACAAGUAUCUCGAGCCGUUGAACGCAGUUUGACACAAGAAUACGAUCAAUUUUGCCCUAUCAGUCUCAUAACCUUGUCCAAUUCCAUAUGAAUCUUCAUUUCGCGAAUGCAGUAGUCCCCCCGAUGUCGAGUAUUUUACCUAAAUAACGAAUAAACAAAGUGCAAAUACAAUUGCUCCUACGAGAAUCCAUCGAAGAGAGUGACAACAAUGAACGGGUGAACUGCGACCUCAACUGCGACUUGAUUAUUACAAAAAUUUAAUUACUGUGAUGAGUGACUCAGAACAACGCCAGUUGCACGUGCCUUAUCGUGAAUAUCACAGUCAAAGUCUGAAUAACACCAGGAACCAGGUGGCCCUGGUGGAGACUGAUGCCCUAGUGGAUUUAUCGACAUCGAGCCAAGUUAAUCAGUCAUCUGUUGUUAAGAAUCCAGCUUUAUUUGUACAGUCGAAUAUCAACGAUUUGACGGAACUCGCUGUGCCGGAUAUCGAAUUUGCACCUAAUUGUAGUAACGAGACGACUCCAAUCAUUGAUUCUCCUGGGAUUGACCGGGAGAGUCAGCCUCUCCUCGGUCGGCUCGAGCUUGAUGUUACCUUUAAUAGAUUUCCAGAUGAUCCACAGUUUUCGGAGUUGGUCUGGCAAGCCGAGUGCGCCAUCGACAAUGGCAUCUACCCAGAAAGGAUAUAUCAGGGCUCCAGUGGCAGUUAUUUCGUCAAGAAUAAUGCUGGUAAAAUAAUAUCAGUCUUCAAGCCCAAAGACGAGGAGCCAUAUGGCAGAUUAAAUCCAAAAUGGACAAAGUGGAUGCAUAAAUUAUGCUGUCCCUGUUGUUUCGGUCGUAGCUGUCUAAUUCCAAACCAAGGUUAUCUGAGUGAAGCUGGUGCGAGUCUAGUCGACCGUAAAUUGGGUCUUGGCAUAGUCCCGAAUACCCGAGUGGUCAAGUUGGUCAGUAAAACGUUCAAUUACCCCCGCAUAGACAGGCAAAAAGCGAGGAUGAAGCAGGUGAUAAUGGACCAAUUCCCAGCUGUGGGUUCGCAAUUCAAAAGACUGGGAUUACCGCCCAAAAUCGGAUCAUUCCAGCUGUUCAUGGACGGCUACAAGGACGCUGACUACUGGCUCAGAAGGUGGGAGAACGAUCCUCUGCCCACGAGACUCGCCAGGAGCUUUCAGCUGCAGUUCGAGAGGCUCGUCGUUCUCGAUUACAUCAUCAGGAAUACCGACAGGGGGAACGACAACUGGCUGAUCAAGUACGAUCCAGCCGCUGCUAAAGCAUCGGCCGAGGAGGCUGAGGUCCACAUUGCUGCUAUUGAUAAUGGCCUUGCUUUUCCAUUCAAACAUCCUGACUCGUGGAGAGCCUAUCCUUAUCACUGGGCAUGGCUCAGCCAGGCUAAACUACCGUUCAGUGAAGCCACUAGGGAACUUGUGCUGCCACAACUGUCCGAUCAGAAUUUUGUACAAGACCUUUGUGACGAUUUGUAUCAACUGUUCAAGCAAGACAAAGGCUUCGACAGACAUCACUUCGACAGACAAAUGAGUGUAAUGAGGGGUCAAAUAUUGAAUCUACAGCAGGCACUCAAAGACGCCAAGAGUCCAGUGCAGUUGGUACAAAUGCCUGCUGUAAUAGUAGAAAAAGCGAAAGGCAAUGGAACGCCAAAAUUAUUCUCGUUUUCCGAUACAUUCACCCAGCGCUUCCAGAACAAAAGUCCCUUCUUCUCUUGGUGUUGAAUCACCUCCCCCCCCCCAGACCAGUGGAACAAUUAUAAAUACAACAUAAUACUUAAGGUCAUAAUAACUGAGUUGAGAGUGAAAUGACGAGGCGAUGAAUGAAUACAAGCAGAUGGUAAAAUUAUUUGUAAUACGAUUUUAAUGAGAACGCCCUCUUCUUCCUAAUCCCCUUCAUCUCAGUGAAUUUAGCAUUUUUUAAAUAUUAUUUUUCAUUGGGACUCUAGAUCAAACUGAGAAAAUUUGUGGUGUAAAAAAUUGUAUACAUGAUGAAUAUAAAUGCCUGUUCACUUUUCAUUGAAUAAUGCAUACGGUACACUGAUGUAGACAUUUGUAUACAAAAUUUAAUAACGAACAAGACACAAACAAAACAUGAGUAGUUCUCCUGAAACAGAAAUAUGUAUUUUUUCAGUCACAUGUACUAUUGUAGAAUUGUUUGUGCCAAUUACUAUUAUUGUUACAGUUAUUACCGAGCAUUUGAAUAAAUAUUUAAAGAUGACUAUUUGA